AUGGAGGCUUCAAAAGUGUACCGACUACUGGAUGGACGGGUAGAGGAGAAAAGGGGCUCGGAUGAGAAGAACGGCUUCAAAAUAUACCACAUCCAAUGGGAAGAAACAUUAGAUGAAGAAGGAGGCUUCAGAGUAUUCUCCAUCGGCCAACCCUCUAACAUGCCCACUAAGUGCGUGUUGCUGCUGGGGGUAACAGGGGCAGGAAAGACCACUUUAGUUAGUGGGGUCUUGAACAACUUCCUUGGAGUCAGCUUUGAAGAUCCCUUUCGCCUACAGGUGAAAGAGGAAACUGGUCGUGAGAAGACUCAGAGCCAGACAGAUUUCAUUACUGUAUACACUAUUUACUACAAAGAGGGAAUGAAGCACAAGUACAACCUAGUGCUUAUUGACUCUCCUGGCUUAGAAGACACAAGAGCAGCAGAGCAGCCACGUGAUAUAAGAAGCCAAUUUGAAGAAUUUAUCACAUCGGACCUUGGGGUCGAUAAUCUGCACUGUGUUGGCCUUGUUGCUAAAGCUACUACAAACAGGGACUUAAAAUCUGAGAAGGCUGUACUUGAAGAAAUUAUUUCACUGCUGGGAGAAGCUGUUCCUGAAAUCACUCAUAUUUUCGCAACUUUUGCUUGUGAUCAGCCCUUAGUUGAGGCUGUUGUGAGAAAUGCUGGUGUCCAAUACAAAAGCAUGUUCCAGUUUGACAAUGGUAUGCUUUACUCCCCAAUUAAUGCUAGUUCUGACAAGGAACUAGCCUUUUGGUCUUACAGAUGGGACAAAAUGAGAGAGCAUUAUGAUGCAAUGUUUGGUGCAUUAGCCAAUGCUUUACCUUUGAGUUUGGAACUCAUCAGAGAGAGGAAAUACUUUAACACAUGUAAGAAGAAUCUAAAGACACAGAUAGAAAACUUAGCUACUUCAGUAACAGAGAUGGAAAUCAAUAAGAAUGCAUACAACAAAUAUGAGCAGCAAAGAGUUACAAAUAAGGACUGGAAGCAAACGAAACGUGUAGCCCUUCAAAACAAUCAACAAGCAGUCAACUGUAACACGUGCCAGCAAACUUGUGAAAUAUUAAGAUAUGUUAACAAUGAAGUUCAGGAAGAUCAUGAUUCUGACAUAGGUCAUACGCUUGCACCUAUCAUAGGUGCUGUUACAACUCCCUUAGGAGCAAUUGCUGCAGUAGGAGGUGCAAUCUUAGGAACGUUACUUUCUAGGAAGAAGAAAAAACAACAAGUACCCCAUACAUUAAGUAAUGCCGUGUGUGGAGAGAAUGGUUGCUCCCAUAACUUGCAAGAACAUGCCUUAGAGUCUAUGAAAUUACAGACAAACAUUGAUGAAGAUAUGAAAAAACUUUAUGAAGAAGCAGUCUCAAAGACAGAGGAUGCAAAAUCUAAAAUUAUCCAGGCUCAAGAAGAAAUCUUGAGCUGCAGCACAACUAUUUCCCAUACCACUGUAGAGUUAUUAAGUCAUUCAAAGAAAGUAGAGAAGCUGACAAAAAAAAGUUUUCUUUCCACUGAUGACAUAAAUUCUCAGCUCAGGAGUGAAAUCAGCCAGAGUGAGGUUAAUAUUAUUCCUCAAGCAACAAAGUAUAUUGCUAUUCUUACAAAAGCAAUGGGAACACUUGCAUCACAUAGUGCUGAAGAAGUUCUUGGCAAGCAUGAACUUGUUAAGGAAAUGCUACUCGAAGAUUAUGAAGAAUUUUUCAAAUAG